AUGGCUAGUGAUAAUCAUUUGUCUGUAGAAGUGCUGAUGACCAAAUGCAAAUCUGUGUUUGAAGGCUUGACAACUUUGGCUGAUGUUGGGGGUGGCACAGGCAAAGUUGCUAGGGCCAUUGCCCAAAACUUUCCUAACAUAAAAUGUACUGUGUAUGAUCUCCCACACGUCGUUGCUAAUCAAGGAGGAGCUGAGAACUUGGAAUUUUUAGCUGGAGAUAUGUUUCAAAGUGUACCCCGUGCUAAUGCAAUCUUGCUGAAGCGGAUCCUUCAUGACUGGAGUGAUGAAGACCGUUUGAAAAUUCUCAAGAACUGCAAAAAGGCCAUUCCAGAGAAAGAAAAUGGGGGGAAGGAAGAGCUGAACCCAUUAUUUUCCAUGGCGCAGGAGGAGACUAUGCGUUUGGCUCUUGUGCAUUCCGAUUUCAUCCAGAAACUGGUAAUGCUUUUCAACAUCGGCCAGCAUCUUGUCUAUGGACGGCAAAUUCACUUUUCCAGAUGA